GACCAGUACGAGUGGUGUUUUCAUAUGAAUUUCUGUAUACCCUUCUCUUUGGUGGAAAAUUCCAACUUCAUUUGCGUCAUGGUUUUCCGAUUUUUAUAGUUCACCAUAGUCCACUUUAUAAUUUAGUUUACAUUUUAAUCGUAGAAAUACUGCAUAAUUUUCCGGUUUUUAUUAGUUUACCAUAUAACUUUUUCUCUUAUAGCUGUUGCUCCCUCUUCAGAAAUUGAAAAAGAAAAUGCAUCAUCAACCCUUCAUUUCAACACCUUCCAUCUCCAUCUCCAUCUUCACUUUGUUGUUGUUUAUCAUCUUCCUCCUCCCAGUAUCAUACACCCAAGAUGAACCCAGGCUUACGCAGUGUUUUAAAAGUUUUGAUUGUGGAAACGUAAAGAGCCUGGUGUUCCCCUUUUGGAAAGAGGGUAGUCCUGAAUAUUGUCACCAAGAAGGCUUCGAGGUGACCGAAUGUGAAGAUGGUCAUCAGCCAGUCAUCAGUAUUGGUGAGACUAAAUUCCGAUUGGUUUCUGUGGAUCUGGUCAAUUUUAGAAUGACAAUCACUAGGGAGGAUUUGUGGGAUCAAGUUUGUAGUUCAGAUGCCAGUCGUAUAACAAAUGUGACUCUGGGAUACUCUUUCCUGCGCUAUUCCGAUAAAAACCGAAACCUUACCUUCUUUUACAAUUGCGAGCCAUCAGUAGCAGCACCACCAGCUUCAGCUCAAUUCCGGUGCGCCCAAGGGUUAGUUCCAGUCUAUGCGGCUGAUUUAGUGGAUAGAGGUUCUUAUGAACAGUUUUUUCGCUCUUGCCAUGGCGGCCCUAUCCAGGUUCAGGUUAAUGAGAGGGCUUUCCAACAACUGAAGAAUGGGAGCCUGGGAAACGUUGACUCUGAGGGUCUGGGAUUUGAUGUGUUCUAUCCUUUGGCUGACCUUUUCUGCGAGAAAUGCAAGAUGCAGAACGGUUCAUGCGAAAACAUGGCCUCACCUCAAUAUCCUAUCUGUAAACAUCCUGGAAAAGGUUCUCUCUUAAAAAAGCUUACAAUAGGCCUUGGUAGUGCAGCAACUGGUCUACUGAUCACCGUUAUCAGCAUUCUAUUUUUCAGAAGAAAAAUCUCGACUACCUUUUAUUGUAAGUUUAGAAACAUAGAUCAAGAUAUUGAGGCUUUCCUAAAAAACAAUGGAGGUUUAGUUCCUAAAAGAUACAGUUAUUCAGACAUCAAGAAAAUGACCAGCUCAUUUAAAGAAAAGCUAGGCAAAGGAGGUUACGGUAGUGUUUACAAAGGGAAGCUACCCGACGGCCGCCUUGUUGCUGUGAAACUGCUUAAUACAUCCAAAGGAGAUGGUCAAGAAUUUAUCAAUGAGGUUGCUAGUAUUAGUCGUACCUCUCAUGUUAAUGUUGUCACCCUUUUAGGCUUUUGUUUAGAGGGCGGAAAAAGAGCCUUGAUUUAUGAGUUCAUGCCCAACGGAUCGUUAGAAAAAUUCAUCUAUGACUAUGAACAAAAUAUUUCCAAAGAUAAUCGUCAGCACUUGACAGUAAAAGACUUGUAUCAAAUUGCAAUCGGAAUAGCCCGUGGGCUCGAGUACUUACACCUUGGCUGCAGCACUCGGAUUCUGCAUUUCGACAUAAAGCCUCAUAAUAUUCUUCUAGAUGAUCAAUUUUGCCCGAAAAUCUCUGAUUUUGGGCUUGCGAAACUGUGUGGGAGGACUGAUAGUAUGGUAUCUAUGUUGGAAGCUAGAGGAACAAUUGGUUACAUAGCUCCAGAAGUAUUUUGCAGGAACAUUGGAUGUGUUUCGCAUAAAUCAGAUGUGUAUAGCUAUGGCAUGAUGAUUCUAGAGAUGGGUGGAGGCAGAAAGAACCUAGAUGUUGGGGUACAUCACACCAGCGAGAUAUAUUUUCCGCAAUGGAUUUAUGAGCAUAUUGAACAAGGCAAUAUUGAACCGGAAUUGCUUGGUCUUGUGAGCAAAGAAGAAACAGAGAUUGCGAGGAAGAUGAUAGUAGUUGGGCUGUGGUGCAUACAAACAAAUCCUAAAGACCGACCUUCCAUAAGUAAGGUGAAAGAGAUGCUGGAAAGCACACAACCGUUGCAAAUUCCACCAAAGCCUUAGUCAUUUCCGUCACCUUUGGACAGAAAGAGAAUUUAGUGAAAUCAUAUCAUAUAUACUUUGUCCAAGCUGUCAAUAUUCAUUACGAAACUCUCACCUUUCUAAAUAUUUUACCCUUUCAGAUCUUCUUUAUUUCAUUGGAUCAACAAUUUGCUUGAUAAUCUUUCACCAGAGAAUGAGAGCUGAGUUAUGGGAAUGUUUCCCAUUAUUUUGA